CCGGGGCAUCCCCAUAGCAAAGCACCAACUGCGCCGCCUCGCAUCCCUGCACGCUUAUUAUACAGAUACAACUACGUCACCCCUCGGGUAUAGAUCACCAGGAGCCGCUUGCAUGUCGUCGCCGUUUGGAUAGCAGCUUUCUGGCCCCAGCUGCAGCAAACCAUUACAUCUGCUUGACCCCCGCUCCACGGUCUUCCCUCUCAACAUGGCUUUCCUAUUUCGCAAACCGGCGAAGACGAAUAUGGACCUCACCAGAUGUGUCAAGGAGCUCACGAUGAGGCUCAGCCAGGAGGACAAGCCCAACCCAAAGUUGGAGAAUGAGCUCGCUCUGGAGCUACAGGAAAUGAAGAAAAGACUUCAGGGCACGCCAGACACCGAAGUCAACCCAGAAUCCGUCCACCAGCUCCUCGCAGCAAUCAUCGCGGAAGACCUGUUCUUCGUUCUGGCGACCAACAUCCACAAACUCCCGUUCGAAUCGCGAAAGGACGCCCAAGUCGUAUUCUCCACUGCAUUCCGGUACAAAGGACCCGAACAAACAGAUACUCCUCAGGUACUACACCACAUCGUCCAGUUUCAGUCCAGGGUCAUAAUAGCAUUGAACUAUGGGUACGAGAGACGGGAAAGUGCCAUGCCAUGCGGAGGGAUCAUGCGGGAAGCGCUCAAGUACGAUGCGAUCGCCGCGUUGGUGCUGUACCACGACGGCCCUGAAGACGGAAAGGAGCUCGAUCUUGCAAAUGUGAACCCCGACAUACCGGCGUCGGGCAACGGCGUAUUCUGGAAGUACUUUGACUGGAUAGAGAAGGGCGCGUUUGAAGUCAGUGCAGACGCAUUCAACACAUUCAAGGAGAUAUUGACGAAACACAAACCACUCGUGGCGACAUUUCUACACACCAACUUUGACAUGUUCUUUGAGAAUUUCAACACAAGGCUUGUCCAGUCGGAAAGUUACGUAACGAAGCGGCAGUCGAUCAAACUGCUGGGCGAGAUUCUGCUGGACCGGGCAAACUACAUUGUCAUGACACGAUAUGUAGACUCGGGCGAGAAUCUCAAGAUUAUCAUGAAGCUGCUGCGAGAUGAUAGGCGCAUGAUCCAGUACGAGGGAUUCCACGUAUUCAAGGUCUUUGUCGCGAACCCACACAAGUCCCUAGCGGUGCAGCGGAUCUUGAUCGGCAAUCGUGAGAAGCUUCUCCGCUUCCUCCCCACAUUCCUCGAAGACCGCACAGACGACGAGCAAUUCAUUGACGAGAAGAGCUUUUUGAUACGGCAGAUUGAGAACCUGCCUGCCCAGCCUAUUCCUCCGCCUGCACCAGCAGCAUGAGCUGUGUAUCGUUUUGGCUAUUUUCUUGGUAUGAGUUUUGCAUAUGAUGGAGUUUUGUUGGGACUGGAGUUGGAUGAGCGUAUUGACAUGCAUACUAGCAUCUUCGGCGCCGGUGUUCAUAUUUGGUAUCAGCUUCAGAGUCAGGGGCCUCGGAACGUUCCGAGAUGUGUUUUUGCUCAUUGCCCGGCGUUUCGGUGGCUGCAAAACGAAAUCUCAGACGAGCUCAUAGUAGCCUCGUUUCGAAUUGAAGGUGUGUUUUUUU